UCCCCGCCCCUCGGCGUCCAGACAGACAGACAGUAGGACAGCCUGCCCCGCCCCCUGCCGGGCCGCCUGACUCCCUGACCUCCAGCUUGUCCCCCUGUCGGGUCUUGGUCAGCGACUCUGCCCUCACUCACAGCGUCCUCCCCUCAGCCCCUGCCCGUCUCUGUGCUCACCCGGGGCCCCAGCGCACGGUAGCAGCCGUAGACACCCCGAAUUGCAGCCCCAGGCCAGGGUAGCCCGCGCCCAGCGCCGAUCCCUGUGGCCCCGCAGCUCAUCAGAUCUGCUAUGCUUCCCUGAGCCGUCAGGCGCUUGAGAGGCACCCUAAGGUCCCGGCUAGGUGAUCAUGACAGACCAAGCUGUGAAAGGAGGCUAUUGCGUUAUUCCAGUUUUCCCAAGGCCCUCUGUGAUCCUUGGAAUGCCUCGGGUCCCCGGCUUCUCUGUCCUAACCCAUGCUCUCUCUCCAGUCGCUAAAUCCUAAAUUCCUGGAGCUCGAAGCACACUUGUUCGUUCUACAGCUCUUCAUUCAGGCCAGGCAAGCCCUCCCAGCCAGGAUGUCAGGCCUGGUGUUGGGGCAGCGGGAUGAGCCUGCAGGACACCGGCUCAGCCAGGAGGAGAUCCUGGGCAGCACCAGGUUGGUGAGUCAAGGCCUGGAGGCCCUACACACUGAGCAUCAGGCUGUGCUGCAGAGCUUGUCCCACACCAUUGAGUGUCUGCAGCAGGGCGGCCAUGAGGAAGGGCUGGUGCACGAGAAGGCCCGGCAGCUGCGGCGCUCUAUGGAGAACAUUGAACUGGGACUGAGUGAGGCCCAGGUGAUGCUGGCCCUGGCCAGCCACCUGAGCACAGUGGAGUCGGAGAAGCAGAAGCUGCGGGCUCAGGUCCGCCGCCUGUGCCAGGAGAACCAGUGGCUCCGGGAUGAGCUGGCAGGCACGCAGCAGCGGCUGCAGCGCAGUGAGCAGGCCGUGGCCCAGCUCGAGGAGGAAAAGAAGCACCUGGAGUUCUUGAGGCAGCUACGCCAGUAUGAUGAGGAUGGGCCCAGCAUGGAGGAGAAGGAAGGAGAUGCCACCAAGGAUUCCCUGGAUGACCUCUUCCCCAACGAGGAGGAGGAAGAUUCCAGCAAUGGCUUGUCCCGUGGCCAGGUUGCUACAGCAGCCCAGCAGGGCGGAUAUGAGAUCCCAGCAAGGUUGCGGACCCUGCACAACCUGGUCAUUCAGUAUGCCGCUCAGGGGCGCUAUGAGGUGGCCGUGCCGCUCUGCAAGCAGGCGCUAGAGGACCUGGAGCGCACCUCUGGCCGAGGUCACCCUGACGUGGCUACCAUGCUCAACAUCCUGGCUUUGGUGUAUCGGGACCAGAAUAAGUACAAGGAGGCUGCCCACCUGCUGAACGAUGCCCUCAGCAUCCGGGAGAGCACCCUGGGCCGGGACCACCCAGCCGUGGCCGCCACGCUCAACAACCUGGCUGUGCUCUAUGGCAAAAGGGGCAAAUACAAGGAGGCAGAGCCAUUGUGCCAGCGGGCACUGGAGAUCCGAGAAAAGGUCCUGGGCACCGACCACCCGGAUGUGGCAAAGCAGCUGAACAACUUGGCCCUCCUGUGUCAGAACCAGGGCAAGUACGAGGCGGUGGAACGUUAUUACCAGCGGGCACUAGCCAUCUACGAGAGCCAGCUAGGGCCAGACAACCCUAACGUAGCUCGGACCAAGAACAACCUGGCUUCCUGUUACCUAAAGCAGGGCAAGUACUCGGAGGCUGAGGCUCUGUACAAAGAGAUCCUGACCCGUGCCCAUGUGCAGGAGUUUGGAUCUGUGGAUGAUGACCACAAGCCUAUCUGGAUGCAUGCUGAGGAGCGGGAAGAAAUGAGCAGGAGCCGGCACCGGGAGAGCGGCACACCCUACGCAGAGUACGGAGGGUGGUACAAGGCCUGUAAAGUGAGCAGCCCCACAGUGAACACCACCCUGAGAAACCUAGGGGCUCUGUACAGGCGCCAGGGAAAGCUGGAGGCAGCUGAGACCUUGGAGGAAUGUGCCCUGCGUUCCCGGAAGCAGGGCACUGACCCCAUCAGUCAGACCAAGGUGGCGGAGCUGCUCGGGGAAGGUGACGGGAGAAGGACCACUCAGGAGGGCCCUGGGGACAGCGUGAAAUUCGAGGGAGGUGAAGACGCGUCAGUGGCUGUGGAGUGGUCAGGGGACGGCAGUGGUGCCCUGCAGAGGAGCGGCUCUCUGGGCAAGAUCCGGGAUGUACUCCGUAGAAGCAGUGAGCUCCUGGUGAGGAAGCUCCAGGGCACUGAGCCUCGGCCUUCCAGCAGCAACAUGAAGCGGGCAGCCUCGCUGAACUACCUGAACCAACCCAGUGCGGCCCCACUCCAGGUUUCCCGGGGCCUCAGUGCCAGCACGAUGGACCUCUCUUCAAGCAGCUGACAUUCAGACGCCAGCCCCCACACCCCCGUCUGCUGGGGCCCCACAGCCUCCCAGCAUUCCUCGAUGCUCCUGUCCUUCCCAACCCAAAUGGGAAGGUGAAGGAGGACAGUUUAAAGGAAGAGUGCAGCCUCUGGGGUCUAGGCUCCUUCCUCACGAACGCCCACCCCUUUGGAAGGGCCCUCAGGAUAUCCUCUCUGCUUUGGAGUCCUCUAGAGUAGCUCACCGAGGCCCCCAAGGUGGGCUUCUGAAAAGCAGGUUGCAUCUCCGGCAUGUGCCUGCUGCUGGUUUUUCUGUCAGAGGGUUUGGGGCUAGCCUCUUGCAUCCCUGCCCUCUGCCUCACUUCAGGUCCAUGUAUUUCACGAUGUUUCUUUAAUAAAAGAAUCAGGUAACCUUU